AUGGCGGAAAGCAUAAUAUGUAAUUCGACAUGCUCUAACGAUGAGUCAAUCAAUGCCUUGAAUGCCGAAGAAGAAAAGAAAAUCCCUAAGAAUGAUUAUGAAGAGGAUAUUGAUGUUGUUUAUGUAGAUGACGACAACGCAGAUGUGGUUGAGAUUGAAGAAGUCGUCAUAGAUGGAGAAUGCGUAGUUGUGGAGAAGAGGGUAACAUAAUC